GGGUGGUCACUAAGGCCCCGGGGUGGCGUGCGCGGGAGGCGAGGGUUCACGCGGCGCUCGGGCCUCGGCUAUGGCUCACAGGCCGAAAAGGACUUUUCGGCAGCGCCCGGCCGAUUCUAGCGACAGCGACGGCGCCGAGGAGCCGUCUGCUGAGGCCGGAACACGGAAGGAACAGGAGACCUCCAGCCCUGCGGAGGAAGGGCCGCCCUCUGGAGGAGGCCGCGCGCAGGCGGCGGGACAGCCCCACCGAGUCCGGGGCGCUCGGGGCCGGGGCCGGGUGUGGGCGACUUCCCGGCGCGCCCCGGGAGCGGCUUCCCGCGCGGAGGGCGCGGGCGUCCAAGAAUCCAGAACAGUUGAUCUUUCAACAGAUGAAGAGGAUGAAACACAUCACUCCUCAGAAAGUAAGGAUGAUCAGAGUUCAUCUUCUGAUAGCUCUAGCUCUCGAGAAGAAAAAGAAUUUUCAUCAACAGUUAAGAUCCCUGAUGCAGCUUUUAUUCAGGCAGCCCGCAGAAAACGUGAAUUGGCCAGGGCCCAAGGUGACUAUAUUUCUUUGGAUGUAAAACAUCCCGUCACCGUCUCUGGUACGGAGAGAAACAGUGAUGACGAUCCUGAGAGUGAGCCUGAUGACCAUGAAAAGAGGAUACCAUUUGCCCCAAAGCCUCAAACACUUAGGCAAAGAAUGGCUGAAGAAACAACAAGCAGAAAUGAAACAAGUGAAGAAAGUCAGGAAGAUGAAAAUCAAGAUAUUUGGGAACAUCAACAAAUGAAGAAAGCAGUUAAAAUCAUAGAGGAAAGAGACAUAGGUAUUUCUCACAGCCAUGGAUCUCAAAUAAUGAAGAAGUUUGAUACUUCCAUUUCAUUCUCUCCAGUCAAUUUAGAAAUUAUUAAGAAGCAAUUAAAUACUAGAUUAACAUUACUACAGGACACUCACCACUCGCAUCUGAGGGAAUAUGAAAAAUACAUGCAAGAUGUCAAGAAGUCAAAGAGUACGAUCCAGCAUCUAGAGAGUUCAUCAAAUCAAGCUCUAAAUUAUAAAUUCUAUAAAAGCAUGAAAAUUUAUGUGGAAAAUUUAAUUGACUGCCUUAAUGGAAAGAUUAUCAACAUCCAAGAAAUAGAAUCAUCCAUGCAUGCACUCCUUUUAAAACAAGCUAUGACCUUUAUGAAACGCAGGCAAGAUGAAUUAAAACACGAAUCAACGUAUUUACAACAGUUAUCAUGCAAAGAAGAGACAUCAACAAAUGGAAGUUUGGCUGUAGAUGAAAAAACUCAAUGGAUUUUAGAAGAGAUUGAAUCUCGAAGAACACAAAGAAGACAAGCAAGGGUGCUUUCUGGGAAUUGCAACCAUCAGGAAGGGACAUCUAGUGAUGAUGAAUUAUCUUCAGCAGAGAUGACUGACUUCCAAAAAAGCCAAGAUGACAUUUUACAGAAUCAGAAGAAAGUUUUUGAAGAUGUGCAUGAUGAUUUUUGUAACAUCCAGAAUAUUUUGUUGAAAUUUCAGCAAUGGCGAGAAAAGUUUCCUGAUUCCUAUUAUGAAGCUUUCAUUGGUUUAUGCAUACCAAAGCUUUUAAAUCCCCUAAUACGAGUUCAGUUGAUUCACUGGAAUCCUCUUAAGCUGGAUUCCAUAGAUUUAAAACAGAUGCCAUGGUUCACAUCUGUAGAAGAAUUUAUGGAAGAUUCAAAAAAGGAAGAUAGUUCAGAUAAAAAAAUCUUGUCUGCUGUCAUCAACAAAACAGUUAUCCCCCGACUUACAGACUUUGUAGAAUUCAUUUGGGAUCCCUUGUCAACCUCACAGACAACAAGUUUAAUAACGCACUGCAGAGUGAUUCUUGAAGAACAUUCCACUUGUGAAAAUGAAGUUAGUAAAAGCAAACAGGAUUUACUUAAAUCCAUUGUUUCAAGAAUGAAGAAGGCAAUAGAAGAUGAUGUUUUUAUUCCUCUUUAUCCAAAGAGUGCUAUAGAAAACAAAACAUCGCCACAUUCAAAGUUCCAAGAAAGACAGUUCUGGUCAGGUCUAAAGCUCUUUAGCAACAUUCUUCUUUGGAAUGGACUCCUCUCAGAUGACACCUUGCAAGAAUUAGGACUAGGGAAGCUGCUAAAUCGUUACCUUAUCAUAGCUCUUCAUAAUGCCAUACCUGGGCCAGAUGUUGUUAAAAAGUGUAAACAGAUAACAGCAUGUCUACCAGAAAAAUGGUUUGAAAAUUCUGCCAUGAGGACAUCUAUUCCCCAGCUAGAAAACUUCAUUCAGUUUUUAUUGCAGUCUGCACAUAAAUUAUCUGGAAGUGAAUUCAGGGAUGAAGUUAAAGAAAUAAUUCUUAUUCUGGUGAAAAUAAAAGCUUUGAAUCAAGCAGAAUCUUUCAUAGAAGAAUAUCACCUAGACCAUCUUAAAUCACUGAUUAAAGAAGUUUGAGGAAACUUUAUAGAAAAGUGCUAAAAUGAGAGUUUAAUAUAAUUACACUCAGUUCCUUUGCUUGAAUAAAAACCUGUUGCCUCUUCUUUAUUCCCUGUAAUGGGAAAAAUGCAGGAUUCCACUCCUCCAUUCCCUCUAUGCUUUCCCUUCUGGUAUCAUGAAAGGCUGCCUUGAUUCUGUGAUGUUUGCAGGAAUUAAAUGCAUAGGAACAAUGAGUUCAGUGUGUUUCCCUUAGAAAGAAGGGAGCUGGAGAAACCUUGCUUAUAGCUGUUUUGGCUUAGCAGAGCAUGCUACUUACUAAGUCUUCUGUCCUGAACUGUAAAAAUGUCUUUUAGUUCUCUUUAUUUUUAACUACCUUUAUUUAAAAUAAAUGUGGAAAUCUUAACUGGAAUGAAUUAUUUUUUAAGUAUUCAACAAGGCAUUUUUAAGAAGUUUGAUAACUGUCAAAUUGUCCUUUAGAAAUCUGUACCAAUUCAUUGUACCGACGCAAGUGUAAGAGAAUGCCAAUGUAUACCCACCAACAAUGAGUAUUAUCAUUUUUAAACUCAUUGCAAAUUUGGUAGGUAAAAAGAAUCUUAUUUUAAUUGUUUAUUUUGUUUUGGCUAUUAGAGAGUGAACAUAUGUUGGUUUGGGCCAUAUGUAAUUAGUUUGAAAUAUCGAUCUUUUUCUUAUGGACUUUAAGACCUUUAUAUUUUAAAGAGACUGAUCUUUUUGCCUGUGCUCUGUGGCAAAUACUUUUCCUUGUUUGCCGCUUCUUUUAAUUUUGUGUAUGAUGUUUUUUAGUAUGUUAAGUCACUACUUGUGAGCAAGUUACUGCUCAUGUUUUUUGACACUGGUGGUAGUGGUUAUAUU